GACGUGUCUCUCGCUCUGUGGACAAUGUGAGGCGGAAGCGCUCGAGGCACCACUGGUACAGUUCACCUAACGCAUGAUCACGUGCUCCCAGCGCCACACCCAUUCCAACCCUUUCCAGCACUUACUUCCAUCUGAGGUCGGGUCUUGGCUCCCCAGCACCUCCGACUGUUCGAACCAGCUCGCCGACGCCAUCAUCCUUACAAACAAUCAACCACCUCCACCCUCACCAUCGCUACCACUUCACCAAAGUCAUCAGUGUCUUCUGAUUGAUUGGUAUUUCCACUCGAAACCGGGAAAAUAUCCACCAUAUUGACUUGCAGAUACAGCCGUAUAACAGCGCGUCGUUAUGGGUAACCAGCAGUCCAGCGCUGGUGGAGGCCCUCCAGGAGGCGACAAAGAUAAGAAGGAUAAGAAGGAUAAGCCCAAGUACGAGCCUCCGCCGCAGCCCACAACCCGCAUCGGACGCAAGAAGAGAAAGGCUGCCGGCCCCAGUGCUGCCGCAAAGCUUCCCACCGUCUAUCCUACCGCACGAUGCAAGCUCCGAUAUCUACGAAUGCAGCGCAUUCACGACCAUCUGUUAUUGGAGGAGGAAUACGUAGAGAAUCAGGAGCGACUCCGCAAGGCCAAAGCCACCAACGCCUCCGCACCCGCAAGCGCCGGAGGGGAUUCGGAUGCGAUCGACCGGAACGCCGAUGAGAGGUCACGGGUGGAUGAUAUGAGAGGCAGCCCCAUGGGAGUUGGAAACCUGGAGGAGCUCAUCGACGACGACCACGCUAUCGUCUCCAGCGCCACCGGCCCCGAAUACUAUGUCUCUAUCAUGUCUUUCGUUGAUAAGGACUUGCUUGAGCCCGGAGCAAGCAUCCUGCUGCACCAUAAGUCGGUGUCGGUUGUGGGUGUAUUGACAGAGGACUCAGACCCGCUCGUCUCCGUGAUGAAAUUGGACAAGGCACCCACGGAAUCAUACGCCGACAUUGGUGGUCUAGAGCAACAGAUUCAAGAAGUGCGAGAAGCUGUGGAGCUUCCCCUUUUACAUCCAGAGCUGUACGAGGAAAUGGGUAUCAAGCCCCCGAAGGGUGUCAUUCUUUACGGUGCCCCAGGUACAGGAAAGACACUUCUCGCCAAGGCCGUCGCCAACCAGACCAGUGCUACUUUCUUGAGAAUCGUUGGUAGCGAGUUGAUUCAGAAAUAUCUUGGUGAUGGUCCUCGACUUGUCCGACAGCUCUUCCAGGUUGCCGCAGAGCAUGCUCCUUCUAUUGUUUUCAUCGACGAGAUUGACGCUAUCGGUACGAAGCGCUAUGAAUCAACAUCCGGUGGAGAACGUGAGAUUCAGCGGACCAUGUUGGAAUUGCUCAACCAGCUUGAUGGAUUCGAUGACCGUGGCGACGUAAAGGUCAUCAUGGCUACGAACAAGAUCGAUACUCUUGAUCCUGCCCUGAUUCGACCUGGUCGAAUUGACAGAAAGAUUCUCUUCGAGAACCCAGACCAAUCGACCAAGAAGAAGAUCUUUACACUCCACACAUCCAAGAUGUCUUUGAACGAGGAUGUUGAUCUUGAUGAAUUCAUCAGCCAAAAGGACGACCUAUCUGGUGCUGACAUCAAGGCUAUCUGCUCCGAAGCAGGUCUCAUGGCCCUGCGAGAGCGCCGUAUGAGGGUGCAGAUGGAUGAUUUCCGGGCUGCCAGAGAAAGAGUGCUCAAGACAAAGAGCGAGGGUGAGCCAGAAGGUCUCUACUUGUAGUCUUCUACAAGAGCCGUACCGCUGGUCCAAUAGAGUAGCGAUCUGUAUCAGUAGGAGGUGGAUCCGAAUAAUACCGAAAUACAUGCCCAAUAUCAUUUCGUGAUCAACUUAUGGGCAGACAAGUGAACAACAGGACUCAAUCGCUUUGUUCCCUUCUAUUCGUGUUUCCUUACUUGACUUACUAUUCGCACAAGCUCAAACCUCUGAUAAUUCGACUCUCUGCUAGUUCUGGUCUACGAGGUCCUCGGUUUUGUUCAGACGAAUGUGGCCACGGAUUCAAGAUGAUCAUGUUUUUUUGCUAUUGUUUACUUCCUGCCAUAUGUCAACAUGACAUUGAGUUUGCGCCUUCAGUAACCAAUAUAUACC